AUGCCCGGAACCGUCGUAUCAGAGGCCCAUUUCCAAAGACUCCCAUGCCUUUCGCAGCUCCGAGCUUCCCUGGGCGCCUCUCAGAUCUCGCAGAUCUCGCAGGGCGGGCUUCCAACUCGCAUGUGCACGCAAGGCAUUGACAUCGCGCUGAACUCUCUUUUGAAAGAAUCUUUCUCUUCCUGGGCAUCGGUGCUCAGCAUUUUCCAGCUGUCAACCUCAAUGAGGUUACGCAGUGAUCCAGCCACGCACACAAUCAUACUCCGAUCGUGCGGAAGAUGCCGCAGCUCAGCCUGGCGCCAUGCGCAGCUCUUGCUGUCUUGCGCGGUUCGAGAGAAGGUGCGAAGCAACGUGGUUUGCGAGACUGCUAACAUUGGAGCGUGCGGUGACUGGGAGGUCGCCUUGGCGUUGCAUGCAAGGAUGGCAAUGACCAGCAUAGAAGCAGAUCAGAUCAAUGUAAACUCAGUCGUCGCCUCGUUUGCUUCGUGUUCCACGGCUUCCUCGGCAUGGCAAAAGGCACAGAACCUGGUCAGGGCACUGACCCCACUGAUCGCAGGCGACCGGGAGACCUACAAUGCACUUGCGCUGACAUACAGCAGGGCAGAGGCCUGGGAGAGGUCCCUGAUUUGCUUCAACGACGCGUGCUCAAAAUCUUGCGGAUUGGACAACUACUCAGUCACGGCACUUCUUACACGCAGCGCUUCCGGAACUCAUGCGGUGGGGUGGCAGGCACCUUUGUUGAUACACACUGAAUUAGCUCGCCGCAGGCUGGAAUCUAACUUGAUUUCCUGGAGUGCAGUCAUUAGCCGUGUUAGCUCCAGCUAUGAACGUGCCAGCUGGAGCCGGUGCUUGGACUAUGUCUUGAAAGGAUGCCAGGUUCGGCUACCUUUGCUUCGGUGCAAGGUUGCCGUCGUCAGCCUUCUGUCUUCCAUGGAAGCAUGCUGGCACGAAGCAGUGCAUUUGUGCAGGAAAGCGUUGCCCAACGUACAGGCGUGGACAUGCCUGAGCCGAGCAUGUUCAGAGCAUGCGUGGAACGUUGCUUUACUGAUGCAUUCAACUUUACAGCACAGCGGCUGUGAACUUGACCAGGUCUAUUGCAACUCUUUGAUAGCAUCUGUGGGCCCGGAAAGCUGGCAGUUAAGACUGGCUUUGCUUGACCUGAUGCCUGGCACUUCCCAAGCAGAUCACCACACGUAUGGCUCCUUGAUGGCCGGAACACAAGGAUCACAGGGGUGGCGUGAGGCCAUGACACUGCUGGAGCUUGCUGCCAGCAGAGGUGUGCAACAAAACGAGGUCAUGACCUCGGCGAUUCAGGAGGCCUGCCUGCAUGGACUCCAGUGGAAGCGGCCACUUGAGAUCAUGCCGGCGGGGGCAGAGAACCCCGUGGUUUGUGCGCUUGCCAUUGGUGCGUGUGGGAAGUGUGGCAAGUGGAAGCAGCAACUGGGUAUGCUUUCUAGCUGGGCCUCUGCCCGGCUUCAGGCUGAUGAAAGCCUCUAUGUUGAUUUUGGCUGUUUAGAAACAAGAUCCUGGCGCACAGCACUCGCCACGGUGCAAAUGUGGCAAAGUAGUUUCCCACAGGAUCACUGCAUGGAUACAAUUUGUGCGGCAUGUGCCGUGAGCAGCAAGUGGCAGCUCAUGAUGUUCUUGUCUCAGAGCACACUUCUCUCUGGAUGUGUCCGAACCGACACUGCUCUGCUUCGUACAAGCCACACUAUCCAAAAUGGCUGUGUGCUCGUGCGUUUGCUCGAGAAAGCAUGUAGAGACAGCGUGGCUCUGCUUCGCACCAAAGUGGCACAGCCUUGGCAAGUCAAGUCGUGGCAAAAAUGGUAG